UUUCUUCUUCCAUUACAGUUCUUAGUGGGUUUGCUUGAAAUUGCCUCCUUGAAAAAUAUGGCUUAUCUUUCAUUCCCCCCUGUUUGGUUGAGCUUGUCUUGAUGAUUUUUCCGUACGUCCUCUGCUAGCUCUCUUUUUUUGUUUUUGUUUUGUUUUGUUUUUUUAAGAUGGGGCUUCUCUCUACUUUCUAUUUAAAUAUGUGAUUAUAUAUAUCUAUAUCUUCGAUUUGUUCUUCUAAAUUUCAUGUCGAAUGAAAAUAUUUGCUUAUUUUGCAUUCAAAUGUAAGGGUAUCUUUCUGGGGUUUGGGCAAUUUUCUCUCCCCUUGCGUGCUAUCGCAGAAGAGUUUAUUCCGGUUGUAAUUUGGGGUAGUUGAUGUGUUGCUUUACUGGUAUAAUUUAAAUUUAUAAAAAACUCUAGUUGGCCCAUCCGCUUUACUUGUAAGGAAUGAGAAGCUGGUCUCUUUUCGAUUGCUUUUUCUUUUCAUUUUAUUUACUUUCUGUAUGCUUGAACUGAUUCCAAGUUAAUGUCCUAAAAUCAUAUUGUGUUUUAUUAGCUUUUCUCAAGUUGAUUUGCAUUGAUUUCAUUCUUCGUUUGAGACCUGCAGAGGUGGGAAGUUGAGCAAGGUUACUUGUACUUGUCUUUCCUCAGGGAUUGAAUUUCACAGGGUUGGAGUUUGACAAUGCAUUAAACUUAUAUGGAAAUCUUUCAACUCAUUUUCUCUUUUUGCAUCUACCUAAGUUGAAAGUACCAGCCACAGUUGAUUUCUCUAUUUAUGAUAGGCACUGGAAAGAUUUAUUUUUCUCAUCCCUUCUAGCUAUUUUCUGGGUUAUAGCCUACAUUUUCGAAGUUAUGGUUUAGUGGUUGCUCACCAUCUGAUUUUUCUGUGUUGACGGAUCUCAUAGAUAUUUUCAUUCACACCUAACUAUAUUGUACAUUCGUGACACUCCUUAGUGCCUUGUGAUAAAUACUACCUUUUUCUUUGUUAAAAAAAAUGUUCCUGUACCAAUGAUGACUGUUUUGGUCUAAUACAACUGAGUAUCUCCCUGUAUUCUUGGAUGUGGUGAGUUUGUUUGCUUCACCCCUAUGGUACAUCUGUUAGUCCUUUAAGGUGCUGGAAGAAUUAGCAAAAGUAUUAAUGAGAAUAGAUUGAUAAUUAUGGUGUACCUAAUUGUUACUCCUAACUUUGGUAUUUGCUUGAAUUCUAUUGUGCUUUGUGUAAGCAGUUGUUAUGAUUUUAAAUUCCUCGGAGCUAAAAAAAUGCAAACUUAUCAUUUUUCGCAUAUUAUAUGAUAGUUAACAUGUCCUGUGUUUGGUCGAUCCCCUAGUUCCUAACAGAAAUUUGCUUGUUUUACCUUUGGAACAAUCAUUCUUUUCCUGUAGCAACUUUCUUUCUUUCCUCCUUUUUCUUAGAAAGGUGCUAUCUUGCAUAGUUGUUGUAAAUAAACAUCUGGAGAAGUUCUGGGAUUUCUUUCAGCGAAUAUUCAGCUUGAUAAUUCUCUAAACAAAUCAAUGAACUAGGAUACAUUCAAAAGGAAUUCCAUGAAAGGGCAGAGAAAGAAUUUUAAGAAACCAAUAUACUAGUGGAAUUGCGGGAGGCCGGGACAUAUGGAUCAGAGUGCAGACAAAUUGACUUGCAACACUGAUAAGAUAUGCAAUAUCUGAACGAGUUACGGUGUGGACUCUCAACAGAUGUGAUUGAACAAAAGAAAGGUGAAUAUGCACCCAUUCGAGAUGUAGAGGGUCCCCAAUUAGGAGCUUAUGAUAAACCCCUUCCUUGCUUUGGCUGCGGAAUAGGAUGGUCUUCCCUUCUCCUUGGAUUUGUAUGCCCAUUGAUUUGGUACUUCGCAACCGUUCUAUACUUUGGUAACUAUUACCGUAAGGAUCCAAGGGAGCGAUCAGGACUUGCUGCUUCUGCAAUAGCUGCUUUGAUAUGUACAGUUGUCGUUGUUAUCACAAUAAUCAUUCUUCUGCUUUCUCGCCAUUAGGAGUAUCUCUAUCCAUCGUACUUGCACAUGAUUCCCGAAAUGAAAGGAAACCCAGAUAUGAGAAUGGUGUAGAUAAAGCUUCCAUCUAGUAGUAACGCUGGGGAAGAAAAACAAAGACUGGCACUGCAGAAGUCGCAACUAUCUGAAACUUGAAGCAAUUAAAACAAGUUCCAUAUGAUCAUGUACAGAACAUGAUAUGAAAUGUCUACUGAAACUGUGAAAUAACUGUUAACGGAUGGCAGUGGGAACUUUAGGAAGCAGUAACAAGGAAGAGAAAUUACUAGAAUUGAUAUUUGAAUCCCCGUGAGGAUUUGUCCUGCGUGUGUAUGAAAAUGGCAUGAUUCGUAGCAAAAUGGCGGGGUAUCAUUUGAGACUGUUGUUUGUUAAGUGCUUCAAGAAAUUGGAUAUUGAUAUCUUGAUUGGUUUUCUUUC